UGGUCGAAAAACGAAGCCCAAAACAUCAUAAACUCUUUAUUUUUAUUUUACAUUUCAAAAUUUAAAACAAAGAGAGAGAAUUUGGCGUGUCAACCAAUCUUCAUCUUCUUCCAAUCUCUCCACCUUUACCACCGUCGCUGGAACCUUUUCCAUUGUAGAAAUGGAUGCCUCUGUGAACGAGAACGAAUCAUUGAAGCUUCGCAUCCGACGCUUGGAGCAAGAGCGUGAUGAAUUGCAUAAGGAUAUUGAGCAACUAUGCAUGCAACAAGCCGGGCCUGGCUACCUUGCUGUGGCCACUAAAAUGCAUUUUCAAAGGAUCGCUGGCUUGGAACAGGAGAUUGAGAGCUUAAAACAGAAGCUUGCUACAUGCUCAAGAGAGAAUCUGAAUCUUCAAGAGGAGCUUUCAGAGGCUUAUAGAAUCAAAAGUCAGCUGGCUGAUCUUCAUAGUGCUGAGGUUGCAAAGAAUGUAGAAGCAGAGAAGCAGCUUAAAUUUUUCCAAAGCUGUGUAGCUGCUGCUUUUGCCGAACGGGAUAAUGCAAUAAUGGAGGCUGAGAAGGCAAAGGAGAACGAGGAAUUCAUGUCAAAGAAAUUCAAUGAUUUACAAAGGAGGAUAGAGGAGCUCACAGCAGAGUGUUCUGCACAGAAAAAACUUACUGAUGAACUGCAGGUUAGCUUACAAAUAAAGGAGGAGCAGAAUGAAACUUUUAAGAAGGUUAUUGACCAGUUUUAUCAGAUCAGGCAACAGUCUGUUGAUGGAUUUCAGGAUACAAGUUGGGAUUAUAAAUGCGCAUGUCUUUUGCACGAUCCUGUAGAAUUUUGGAGUUUUAACGAUUCAACAACAACUAAAUACAUUAGUGCCUUGGAAGCAGAAUUGGAGAUGGUGAGGAAGUGUGCAGAUAGUUUCCAACAUAAGCUGCGGGUGGGUUUGGAAAUUGAAAAUCAUUUGAAGAGGAGAGUUCGUGAAUUGGAAAAAAAGAUGAUUUAUACAGAUAAAAUGAUGAAAAGCAGUAUUGAAGAGUUACGCCAUCGUCAUUCUGAGUCUCGAGUUCAAGUUGUGAAUUUACUUGAUGGUGGAAAAUCCUUUAUCAAAUCAGUUGCAGAUGCGAUAGAUGAAAAGAUUAGACAAUUUGAGACAAGAGAACCUCACAAUUUGGAGCCUUCAUCGAGAGAAGAUAAUCACGAUGAAAAUGAAUGUCGAGAUGUACAUAUAAAUACUGAUGUGGAUCGUGAUUUACUUUCUAAGAUGGGUAGUCCUAACAGUAUGGUUGAUAGAAAUGGCGAUGCUUCUGAAGCUCUAGCACAAGCAUUGCAGGAUAAGGUUGCAACAUUAUUGCUUUUGUCACAGCAAGAAGAAAGGCAUUUGCUGGAAAGAAAUGUGAAUGCUGCUCUUCAAAAGAAGAUAGAGGAACUUCAUAGAAACCUACUUCAGGUUAUGAAUGAAAAGGUAAGAGCUUUGAUGGAGUUGGCGCAUCUGAAGCAGGAACAUCAACUUCUUCGAGAGAACAUUUCUGGUAACGUGAAUACAGAAAAAGUGUUGGCUAAUGUUGGGGGUAGAAGUGUUGUUGCUCCUGAAAUAGGAGGAAGAUUAACAAACUUGCUGAAGAAAACAAAUUUGAAACGCUUGGUUGGUUCACUAGACUUUAGAGGACGCGAAGGGGAAGUUCAUCUGAACAAUGAAGGGAACUUCUCUGGCAGGAAAUCUGAUAACAUGGACUUUGCCAGGAUGAAGAUUGAAAAUGCAAAUCUUAAGGAGAGCAUGGAAAGUAUGGAGCAUCUGAUUUCUUCAAUUCAUAGGCUUCGUCUGUCUCUUCUUGUAAAGGCCAAAGAGUCAGAGACUACCACAGGUACAGUUGCUAUCAUGCCAGAAUCUCUGGAUGAGAUAAUCUACAAGGCAAAACUUGUGAAGACUGCUCUUGGCAGCUCCUUACCGAUUAGCUGGUCGGCAGAGGCAGAUUUGGGAUUGGAUGGUGAAGGAGUUGGGAAUGAGCAAGGUGACAUUUUCGGGAGCUCCACAAACGAAAAGAUAGAUUUUGUUGCUGCUGCAGGAUUUGAGAUGGUGGAGCUCUUGAUACUUGCCGCUCAGAUCUUGAAGGAUAACACCCCGAAAGUGGCUUCAUAUGCAGAGUGCUGAUUGAUCUUGUAAUCUGUUUCAUUUGGCAAUGAUUAUGGUGCCUAACUUAACCAUGAUCUGUUAAGCGCUUGCAUUGGAAUGGAAGAGGUCGAUUUACAAGACAAGGUAUGCGGUGUAAGAAGAGGUCAACAUAAAAGUUUGUGCUGUAAUCAAGGUGGAUUUCAUUUACAUGUCUUGUCCUGUUAACACUACGUCUACAAUUCAUGUAUUAUUUGUAUUAUAAAUAUGUUUCAAUAUAAAAUUAUCCUGAAAAAGUGUUUGUUGCUCAUACAAAA